AUGGACCACUCAGGGGCGCCUGACACCAAGCGACCCCGUCUGACGACUGGCUCGCCAUGGUCAGCAGGCGGUUCACAUCACGGCAGAACACUCCUUAAUCCCAAUCCCUCCCCGACGAGUGGACAAUCGCCUCAUCUGCCGCCAACGUCGAGCCCCUAUCAUCAGCCAUCACCACAUCACUACGCCCGCCCUUCUGGUACCGGCGAUCACAACCAUCCACACCCGCACCCUCACCCCCAUCCUCACCCUCACCCUCACCCUCACUCUCACUCCCAUCCUCAACCACCACCACCACCGCCACCACCAUCACAAGCACCUCACCCUCACGCCCACCAGCAGCACCCUCAUCCUCAGGGUCCGCCGCCGCCUAUUGCGCAAACGCCCGUCGACGACCGAAGACACCAUGAGUCCGAGAGAUUCCAGACCAUGCACGAUCACCGGCAACCUCCACACUCGCCGGCCCGCCCAGCAUUUUCGAGCUACCCUUCUAGGGAAACCAUAGUAAAACCCGACCCAGGCGAAGACACCACGCUGCCACAGUUGCGCAGGCCUCUAUCAACGAGCAACGGUCCCGAAAUCAUGACGCCGGGAACACCACAUAGCGCCCUCCCGCCGCAGUCAUACGCCGACGACAAGCGCCAUAUGAGUUUCGACAGCGGCCCUCAGCAGCAGCAGCACCAGCAACAACCACAGCAACAGCAACAGCAGCAAUCACAACCACCACAGCAGCCGCAGCCCCCGCCGCCCCCGCCGUCACAACAGCAGCCCAUGUACGGCAGGCAACCAAGCUAUCCACCGCAGACGCCCUUGCCACAUGCGCAGCCAUAUGAAUACCCACCACCUUCAUACGGAGCACAACACGAUGGCUUGCCUUACUCGAUCCAUGUGGCCUCUUCGAAUGCAAAGCGCAAAGGACAGCGUGCCUCACAGGCCUGUGAGACGUGCCGUCAGCUCAAAGCAAAGUGCGACGAGUUGAAGCCUUGCAAAAGCUGUAGAGAAAAGAAGGUGGAAUGCAAAUACCGAGAACUUGUUCCCAAACAGCAAGAUAAAGUGCAGGCGGACAUUUUGGAGCAGCUUAUGAUUAUGAGAAACGACUUUCAGGACUGGAUCGCGACAAAUGACAGGCGCGUGGGCAGGCUCGAAGAGGCGGUAAAGCGAAUCGCACCAGCAGCAGAUCUUCAGCAGUUCGAGCCGAUACAAGAGGAAGAAAUCCGACCAGCCUCAGCUGAAUCAGGGAGCGCGCCCGUGGCAGAGGAGGCGUACACAUCAUCACCCACCGGAGGGGCUCAGGCACCCCCCAUCGAUGCCGAAGCUGCACGCCAGAUAACACGUGAGAUGGAGGUUGAAAAGGAGGUAGAACCGGGGCCGUUCGUUCAGCCCGGAGUCCCGACCAUCCCGCCCAAUCAUACGACAUUGGCUGCCUUCUUGCUCAAGUGGCGACCCAUCGAGGCGUUGGUUCGGCGCUAUCUGGAUGCCGAAAAGAUCAAGUAUGUGGACGAGUUCCCCAUCAGACAGGAGGAAAGACGAGGGUUGUUGCGAGUCUGGGGUCGAGGCGAAGGCAUGGACAGCAGCCGGGACAGGGACGCGCCUCACGAUCUGGGGAUGAUGGAGGUGCAUGAUGACUACUCUGACGCCGGCGCGCCAUCUCCGGCAGACUGCUGGGGCGGAAUCAGCGGCUCACCUGGCCCCAUGGACGGAAAGUCUGGCAACGGACUCCUCCAUAUCCCAGACUUUUCCGAAUCAACUGUGUGGAAAUACGUCAAGAGCUUCAACGACAAUAUUCAGAACAUGCACCCACUCAUUAUCCCCAAUGAGCUGAAUGCCAUGGUCAAGCUGUUUCUCGACGGCCUCCACCCAAGCUCGAGAAGCAAGGGCGGGGGCUCGAACAUUGCCAAGUUCGCCGUUGGGUCGCAAGGGGAGACCUCGCUCAAGAGGAAAAGGACCUCGCCCGGCCCGGAAGGUGGAAGUAGCGAGCCCUCGUUGCCGCCCAAGGUCGGCAGGCCCAUGUUCCAGCGAUCUAUUAACAAUGCGCUGGUUCUGCUGGUCCUUGCCCUUGGUAAAAUCUGCCUUCACAAGGACAAACGGCUGCCAGAUGUUGUGCCAGUCAGCGAGCCUGUCCAGCACGGCUCCCCCUUUCUGCGCAACGGCAACCCGGCGCCAGCAUCCCCGUCGCAGGGCUCGCCUCCGUCCUACGCUUCUCAUUCCAACGCAGCUGGCCUCCCUUCGCCCAAGGACAGUGGCGAGCGAGCUGGAACCAGCAGGCGGUCCUCGUUUCAAGGAUCCGGCGUGUCGGCCAAACCGGUGGCUUCCCUCAAGAGGAACCUGGACGUGAUUCCUGGCCUGGACUAUUUUGCCCAUGCUACCGACAUUCUUGGCGGUCAACUGGCUGGAACAAGCCUACGUCAUAUUCACGCGUAUAUUUUGGCUGGGUUGUACCACGGUCAGCUGGGGAGGGUGGUGGAGAGCUACGCCUACAUCAAGGAAGCCGGUUGGGCGCUGCAGAUCAAAAUGAGACCAAGUCUGGAUCGGUUCAAGAGGCUUCAAGAGAGCCAGACAACCAACAGGGACUCGGUCACCGAGAAAUCGGACAACCAGCUUGUCUUUGCCUUCUGGACAUGCCUUCAGCUCGAAAGCGACAUCAUUGCCGAGUUGCCGCUGCCGCAGUCUCACAUUUUGGCGUUUGAGGAAAUCAUGCCUUAUCCCAACAUCAACAUGGCGACGGGGCUCGGUUUUGACGAGCACGUCCUGCGAAGCUACUUGGCUCAGCUCUACCUCCGCAAGAACCUGAACCAGAUCCAUCAGACGCUGUACAACCCGGAGAACCCGCAGCCUCUCGAGACUCACUCAGCCGGGGGCGGCAUCAUUGAGAUUAUCCAGAACUCGUUGGACAUGCGAUUCGUGCCACCCGAGUUCAAGUUUUUGGAGUCUGAUCCCCCAGCAAAGGAUAUCCUGUCUGCCCGGUUGCGUGCCAAGUACUGGGGCGCUCGGGUCAUCACCUUUCGCCCGUUCAUCAGACAGAUUCUCGAGCACAAUUUCGACAAGGCCAUGUCCACCACGUCCCCGAUGCAGGGAGUGUCGCCGGCCGGCAGGAUCCAGGAUGAUUUCUCUGAUGAUGUCAAGGCGUAUGCCCAGAAAGGCAUCAAGGCUCUGGUUGAAAGCACGAGGGCCUUUCACGGGGUCGAGGACAAGCGAUUCAUCAUCACCAAUGUAUUCGGCACAGCGCAUGCACAAUGGGGCAACCUGCUCACGCUGGCGGCCGUGUUCAAGGACCCGGUGCUGAACCAGUACAUUGACGAGGGCCUCUUGAAAGAACUUUUUACCAAAACAAUCUCCUUUUUCAAGAUUAUCUCGCACCCCUCGAGCGCUCUAUCAAUCGACAUGCGGAUUCUGGAAGGCCUUCAGAACGAACUGUGGCGACGGCCAAACAGUAUCGACCUGCUGGACCACCAGCCCGGAUCCAGCUUCUCGAGCAACGCCAGCAACGGCAUCCCACUGUCUUGCAUGGCCCCGACCACGCCUCUUCCUGGCAUGCAUGCUCCCAGCACACCAGUGGACGCCUUCCGCCCACCGCCGCCCGCUCAGCUGCACGGCCCGCUCCUACCGCCCGUGUUGGGUGCCGUACCCGACGGCCCACCGGUGAUGUCACCGGGGUCCCUGCCCCCCAUGCAGCAUCCACCACCACCAUACUGACAUUCGAAACGAACCCCGACCUUUCGAUAAGGACACUUGACGCUGCUUUCGCUAAACAAACGCCAUACAUACCCUAACCUCUCAUGCAUCUCAUAUACAUACACACAAUCACACACACACACACACACACACAUAUAUAUAUAUAUACAUCUACAGACACCUAAUCGUCUUGUUCACGACCCUGAUAGAGAGGGAAAAGAUGGAGAAAGAACGAAGAAAAGAUACCUCGGAAAGUUGUGUUGCGGGAAACAAAGCCAAUUGUGGUCUUUUCUUCUUUUGCGGUCUUUAGGGGAGAGAGGGGGAGCAAAAGAGAGAGCAUGGUGUCAUUUAAAGCAUCUGCAUCAUCAUAUGUGUGCGUGCUCUGGACAGGUCUUUUCUUUCUCACGGUCGCAAGGGAUAAAGGGGGAGGGAAGAGAAGGGGAGAUACCCACUUUGUGUUGAAUCGAGAUUUUAGCCAAGUCUUGUUGUUUUUCGCGCGUGCAGACAGAACUAUGGUAAUAUUCAUUUUUGUCUUCCAGGAGGUGGGGGGGUUUGGUUUGGUUUUUUGUCCAAUUGGAAAUGGUUUCUGGGUCAUGUCUUGUUUUUUCUUUUGCCCCCCGGGUGUAGCACAUAACAUGCCCUUACUCCUCUUCUGUGUCUCUACUUUUUUCUAUGGAGGAUGGUUGGUAGGCUGGUGAUGAUGAUGGUGGUGGGCAAGGGCGGUGGUUAUUUUUUUUCUGUUUUUUUUCAUCUUCAUGUUUUCUGUUACCUAUCUUUACCCAAGUCAUCCCGCUCCUGUGUUUACCUAACCUAACCUGCUUUGGCUACACUAUCCAUUAACAACGUACCUACUACAUUGAACUAUUAUACCAUACAAUAUCACACUAAGUUCAGUC